UCAAAAUGCAAGCUGAGAUCUACCGCUCAGAUCCACCUCCGACUCCAACUUAGAAGAGCAGAUAAAGACUAUAACUCUAACCUGUCACCGUUAGACUGUACACAGAGAACUGUUUCAGACAGCUGUGGAGGUUUAGGGGUGCUCUGCUACCACAGGCUGUAUAAACCUGCACCAAUUCCCGCUGGCUUUUGGAAAUACUGCUUAAUGCGGGGCAUUUCAUACUCUUGACAUUUUAUCCAUUUUCAUUCUGUACACUUUUACUUGCAACUUAAAGAUAGUAUAACAAUUAACAUGUUGCCUGUAAAGGAAUAGCCUAUUUCUUUUUCUAGUAUACAGUGUGCGGGUGACCAUUUCAUUGAGUCUUCAAAUGUUUACAUCUUCAAUGCGCUUGUUGAAGAGGGAUUUUCUUGGAACACCUAGACGUGCAAAUGUUUUUCAUUCAUUUUGAUUCAAACAGCCUUUCGUUGACCUGCCUAUUUCAGACUGAAACCACCUGCUUGCUGUAUGUUUGACACGACACCCCUAUUCUAUACGGUUGCUGGAUGACUGGUCUUGGUGAUGUUUACAUUCAGGCUGCAGUUGUCCUUUUUAAUGGUAUUGAUCUUUCUUUUAAAUACACAGAGCCACCUGAGUGACAAUUUUAGAAGAGCUAAUGUGAAUAGGGCAAGGGACAGAUUGUUCUGAUGGUAAUUUAAAGGUUUUUGUCUUUUAAUGGAGAAAGUGGAAAAGGUCAGUUUGUUUACUUAGUUUUAUUUGGGGGAAAUCCCUUCCUGUUUGUGAACCAAGAAAAUAUGAUUAUUUUGGGCCUUGGGAUUUAUAAAAACAUGCGUUGUGUGAUGGAGGCCGAUCAGCAUCUGAAAUAAUGUGUGGAAGGCAGCUAAAAGGAUGGCGUUCCUGGAGAAUUCAAAUACUGGAGGAUUCAGUAAACCGAGGAUGGGUCUCCAUGGUGCCAUGCUGGAUUUCUAUCUCCAGCGUCUAUGUUCUUUAUCCCUAUGGAUCUGUAUGACCCCCAGCACCAACACUGGUCUCUACAAGCAUCCUCAACAUGCUCCUGCACCAUGGAUCCCCCAGUGAGGGUUUUGGACCGAGGGAGCUUGUGAGAAAGAAGAUUUGAAUUUUUUUUAUUUGCCAUCUUACCCAUCCUCCCUCACUCCCUCCUCUCUCCCUGCCCCAUACAUAUUCACCCGUACCUCCACUCCCCCCUAACGGGGGAAAACUACUCUGCACCUCUUCGACCUGUGCUGAACCAGGAAGGGACAGGACUAGGCCCACCAUCAGCCUACAGAGGUGACCAACAAGCUCCCACAGAGAGCAGUCCAGCCCAGUCUCCACAAGUCACUGUGCCAGGAUGACAGGGUUGCCCUCUUGCAUUUCCACGGUGGGAUUCUGCAUCCUACUGGUGAUCAGAGCUGAAGGUAUUCAAACUGGUCAGAAUCCAGACCACAUGCUCCAUGGCACCGGGCACAAGCAUGAGUCCAGGAAGCCCGGAGACGGGCCCACGGUGGCCCCAGAGGACGCCGCCCGCUUUCUGAGCUGCUACUGCUCGGGCCACUGUCCAGAGGACCACAAAAAUAACACCUGCGAGACGAAUGGCCAGUGUUUUGCCAUCAUCGAGGAGGACGAGAAUGGAGAAGCUAUUCUGACCUCUGGCUGCAUGAAGUAUGAAGGCUCACAUUUUCAAUGCAAGGAUUCACCCAGGGCUCAGACAAGGCGAACGAUCGAAUGCUGCGAUACAGACUUCUGUAAUCGGGACCUGCAGCCCACAUUACCUCCCCCAAUGGACACUGGUACCUACUUUGGCAGUGCCCAUUGGCUGGCUUUCCUUAUAUCAAUGACUGUGUGCUGCUGCACUCUCAUCUGCAUCACGGUAGUCUGUUACUACAGGUACAAGUGGCAGACAGAGAGGCAGCGGUACCACCGGGACCUGGAGCAGGACGAGGCCUUCAUCCCUGUGGGAGAGUCUCUCAAAGAACUCAUUAACCAGUCCCAGUCCUCUAGCAGUGGCUCUGGGCUCCCCCUGCUGGUGCAGCGUACCAUUGCCAAGCAGAUCCAGAUGGUACGCCAGAUCGGCAAGGGGCGGUACGGCGAGGUGUGGCUGGGCCGCUGGCGGGGAGAGAAGGUGGCCGUCAAGGUGUUCUUCACCCGGGAGGAGGCCAGCUGGUUCAGAGAGACUGAGAUUUACCAAACUGUCCUCAUGAGGCACGAGAACAUACUGGGGUUCAUAGCAGCAGACAUCAAGGGUACCGGGGCCUUCACGCAGCUCCUCCUCAUCACAGACUACCAUGAGAACGGCUCCCUGUACGACUACCUGAAGUUCACCACGCUGGACACCCAGAGCCUGCUGCGACUGGCCUACUCCGCUGCCUGUGCCCUGUGCCACCUCCACACGGAGAUCUACGGCACCCAGGGCAAGCCGGCCAUCGCCCACCGAGACCUCAAGAGCAAGAACAUCCUGAUGAAGAAAAAUGGAACCUGCUGCAUCGCUGACCUGGGUCUGGCUGUCAAGUUCAACAGUGAUACCAACGAGGUGGACGUUCCUCUGAGUACGCGGGUGGGGACCCGGAGGUACAUGGCCCCUGAGGUGUUGGGCGAGACCCUGAACAAGAACCACUUCCAGGCCUACAUCAUGGCUGAUAUAUACAGCUACAGCCUCAUCAUCUGGGAGAUGGCCCGCCGCUGUGUAACAGGAGGCAUAGUGGAGGACCACCAGCUGCCCUACUAUGAGAUGGUGCCGGCAGAGCCGUCCUUUGAGGACAUGCUGGAGGUGGUGUGUGUGAAAGGGCUGCGGCCCACCGUGUCCAACAGGUGGAACGGUGACGAGUGUCUGAGAGCCAUGCUGAAGCUGAUGUCUGAGUGCUGGGCCCACAACCCCGCCUCGCGCCUCACCAUCUUACGAGUCAAGAAGACCUUGGCCAAAAUGGUAGAAUCGCAGGACAUCAAGAUUUGAUCCUUUUCCCCCCUACAUACUCAACACAGCCUGACCUAGAGACAGAACUCCCCAGUGUGUCCUAAUGCUGAAUGUGUCACCUCUGUUCAGUUGGCAGGGGAGGAGGAACAGGGUAUGGGAGAAAAAGGACCCUGUUGUCACUGGGCCUUGGGCAUAGAGAGUUAACCUCCAUGAGUCUCUAUCACCACAACGGACAGAUGCUGCUGCCAGAGGCUCUUUCCCUUAUUCCCUCCCUGGCCAGAGGAGUUCUUGGUUAACGUGCUGCAUUGAAUGCUUUCUGUGAAAGUCAAAACAUGACAUUGUGUGUGGAGGGGGAUGGCAUUUUCCUGCUCACAUGUUGAUGGGCAGAAAGGAAUAUGAUGGAGGAACCUUAGAGCCUCACUUCAAACCAAGACACUGCCCUCGCAAGCGUCACCACCUGCCAAUUAUGUUCGAUUUUUGCCUGUGAGCUUUUUAUGCCAACAUUUUUUUCUCUUCAGGACAGUCUUCUCCUGCCAUAUUAAAAUGUCUCUCGACUCAUAAGUAGAGUAAUUACGAAAUAAGGUACUAUAAUUAUAUGUGAAUUUAAUAUGUAAAUAUAUUGUAUCGAUAGAUGCCGUGCCUCAACAAAAAACAAUACAUGCUGCAAUGGUAUUCACGUCCAGUGGGCUUCAAACGCCACCUGCUUCAAGAGCUAUGAGCAAUCCAGUCAACCAAGGACGUUGUAAGAGGGGAUACCUGACUUGCCUUAAAUCAACUUGUCACUGUGCUUCCUACAACAAACCUCAACUUAGUAACUUGUCAAAAAAAGACGUCUGGUUAAAAAAAAAACAUAUUUAACGCAAAAUUGUAUUCAAAGGACAUUUGUGAAUAGGGAGUUUGUGUCCCAUCAUGUCUCUAUGCUUACCUCUUCUUCGUAUGUGUUAUAUUCUGUAUGUCUUCUGGGAGGAAAGUUCAGAACACAAAAAUGGCAUAUUUUGGCCCUCAUGAAGCCAAUGCAAAAGUGUGCAGCUUAGAGGGCACACAUCAAUUAGGCCUUUCUAAAAAUGAUUAAUCUGACAUUUCUGCUGUCCCGACGCCCCACUGAUUCUUGCCCACAUUCAUAGAUCUAAGAUGAAUCCCCCCCCCCCCCUGCUCUUCUCUUGCUUUUCAUUCUAUUUUGAGUUACAGAUAUAUAUAUAUAUUCAUUAAGUGGCCAACUUUCAUAUUGCCAAACAUCAUGUGAGCUCAGCCGUUGAACUGUACCAUUGUGCAGUAAUAGUUUGUCUUCCGGGGUCCUACAUGUCAGGUUUGUCAUAGGGCUCACAAGUCAACAUUAGUUCAGAAAAUAUGCAAUAUUUUACUAACUUAAUGUGCAAUUAUAUAGCUUACUCAAUGCUAUGGUAAAUGGCAUAUUUACUUGUGCUAAAAACAUUUAGUUAGCCAGAGCUUUAAUGCCAUUGACGUUUUUUGAUCCAUCAAGCUUCCUCGGGUGACAGAAUUGCAGUCAAGUACAGAGGGAACAUACAGUAGAUGCAACACUGAAGUGAAACCACUUCCGCUUGCUUUGGGACGCAUGCAAAUAUAUAUUUGCAUAUUUCCUCAGUGAUGUUAUCUGCGGGCCAGUGCAGAGGGUAGAGCAAGCCCAUUUAUGACCAUUUAGCACAAGAGGAACUGCAUUUCUACAUUUAGAACUUCAUACAGGUAUGAAAUGAAAACAACAUAAAUAAUAUCCUUGGCUGAAGCACUUGUCUUCAACUCUAGAUGCAGAUCGUGCCCUUUGUUAACCCUCUUGCAUAGGAUCCAAGUCUUGGCCAGUGUAUUCUUAACUUUUUCUUCCAAGUCCCUGCUCCUUUUGUGUCUGCCUCUUUAUCUAUCCAAUGUUUGCUUUUGCUUCCCUUGUGUCCAUACAAAUUCUGAAAAAAAUAUCUUGCAGUGCUUGUGGGUUUGCGCACAUGUUUAAGUGUGCAUGUUCGCUGAAAUCACGUGCAACCUAGUGUCAGGACAGUUUCUUUGUGAAUUAAGCUAACAGUACAUAUGGUAGAUAUUUAAGAAAUAUUUCACCUGAGCAGUAACUAGUGUUUUCCUCUUUGUAAUAUGCAAGAAAACCAUAUAGAAUAAUCUCUAUGUACAUCUUUAAUGUGUUUUUAUACAGCAUCUGGUUAAAAGGUGCCUUUUUUUGAGUUUACCAAGGAAAGAAAGCGAUUCUGUUUCUGUACACAGCCUGUCCAAUGUAUCAAUUUGAAAGUAAAUAACCUUAUUUUAGUACACAA